UCACACACUCGCCUCCAGAUCUUCCUGACGGCGACCAAGGGAAGGUUUUGCGUGUCUGUCGCUGCUUUGUGUGUGCGUCCUUCUGCGUGAGGAAGAACAGCCUGGUUGCUUCAAGAACAGAGAAGGAAAUAUGGGUUUAAGAACAGCUUUGUGCCUCGUGUUCUUGGUUUUUUUCGCCGUGGAAGUCCGGGCUCAUUUUGGAAGCUGUGAGGACCACACGCCCAUGUGCCUUUCGUGGGCGCGCAAUGGGCUUUGUCAGCGGGACCAGCUGUUCAUGCUCCAAAACUGCCCCGUGUCUUGUAACCUCUGUUUAGACCCUGAAUGUCGGGACAAGAACCACAACUGCGCCGAGUGGGCAAGGCGAGGGACCUGCGUCACGCACCCUCUGCAGAUGCUUCCCCUCUGCCCGCACUCUUGUGACGCCUGCAUAAUCCCUCUGUGAAGUUGGGGAUUUAAGCUUUCUUUUUCUUUUUCUUUUUUUUUUGUAUUUAGUGUGUGUUCAGGAUCGGUUUUGUUAUGUGUAAAGCAAGCGUUUGGUUUUAUUCAUUGGUUACCUGGAAGAAAAACAUAAUUAUGAAUUACUAAAAAUCAGAUUUUUAUAUAUACAUUUAUUUUUUUAUUUAUUUAUUUUUUUUUGUAUGCAACUGAGAUGCAAUUCAUCAGUCAGAAAUACAAACCUCUUCAAAAUAUUGAAGAUGAGAGGAGAUAAUUAGAUUAAUUUCUGAUCAUAACACCGUCUCUUUUUUCCGUAAUUCACACAAUUAAACUGUGAUAAUAAAACGAUUUUUUAGCUAUA